CCAGACGUUACUUUAUGGAUUCUGUCAAUUACCUUUAAUAACAGGAAGCCAACCACAACGUACCCAGCGGCUACUUUAAAAGACAGCCUUUGUUUAUUUUCGUUUAGCGGGCAGCGUUGAUUAGCCACACAAGCUACAUCUGCACCAUCGCUAAUUCAGUUCAGUGUUAUCUGACGUACACUCGUAGCUAGAAAUUCAAACUGUUACAUCCAUCCUAAUAACCGCCGGAACUAAUUUAGUAAUUAGGAACACUGUGGCGGGAUGAGAUAAGCUUAUGAAAGCUCAUCCUUACUUUAUGCUAGUAACGUUUGCAUUUUUCGUUCGGUUUCGUUUUGUCCACAAAAGUGACGACGGGGCGUUCAAUAUGUCGAAGCGAAGAAGCACAGCUGUUAGUGAAAACCCAAACAAACGGCUCCGACCUGCGGCAAAUGAUGAAGAUGAGGAGGACGAGGAGGAACGGCGUGUAACUGAAAGUGACCAGGAAGAUCAUCUUCUGAGUAAACGGUUUCAGUGUUCUGGUGAUGCAGGAAUAGUAGAAAGCAUCACUCUGAAGAACUUCAUGUGUCACUCACUCCUUGGACCAUUUGCAUUCGGUUCCAAUGUCAACUUUGUUGUUGGUAAUAAUGGAAGUGGAAAAAGCGCCAUUCUGACAGCUCUGAUAGUUGCCUUAGGGGGGAAUGCUCAAGCUACAAAUAGAGGAUCAUCCUUGAAGGGUUUUGUCAAAGAAGGAGAAAGUUCUGCCGACGUAUCAAUCACCCUGCGUAACAAAGGAAGAGAUGCUUACAAGCUUGAGGUGUAUGGUCCAGCCAUCACCAUAGACCUGAGAAUAACACGAGAAGGGCUGAGAACCUAUAAACUGAGAAAUAAAUCAGGUCAGAUCAUCUCGACUAAAAAAGAAGAGCUUGUUUCCAUUUUGGACAAUUUCAACAUUCAGGUUAACAAUCCUGUAUCAGUUCUCACACAGGAGAUGAGCAAAUACUUCCUGCACUCGAAAGGAGAAGGAGACAAGUAUAAGUUUUUUAUGAAGGCUACCCAACUGGAACAGAUGAGGGAAGACUUUAUUUACAUUAAAGCCACCAAGCAAGUCACAGAGGAUAAGGUCGAGCAACACGGAGGAUGCUUGAAAGACUUGAAGUGUAAAUACCUUGAAAAAGAAGACCGGUACAAGAGCUUAGCUUCACUUGGUGAAAUGCACACUAAACUGGAAGAAUUGCAGAAACAGAUGGCUUGGGCCUUGGUGGCUGAAAUGGAGAGGGAGCUGGAACCAGUAAAGGAGAAGUUGGAGGCAGACAGACGUUCCACAGAGAAAUAUGAUGAGAAGGUUGAUGAAUGGAAGGAUAAGGUCAGGCAAGCUGAGAAGAGGUACAAGCAGAUCCAGGAACAGCUGGAGGGAAUCACUCAGCAAGUCCAGGAGCUGCAGCCUAAAUGUGCUGAACUUAAGACCGAGGCCCAGAAACAUAACAGCCUUCUCAAGUCAUGUGAGCUCAUUGUCCAUAGGUGCAGAACUAAUCUCAGGGACCUGGAAAAGGACAAAGCUCAGCUGUCUUCACGUAUAAAGGAUCUGACUCACAGCAUCAGUCAGACAACAGGAGCAGAGAGCCAGGCGAGGGCAGACCGUAUGAAGCAGAUUCAGACUGAACUGGAAAACCUGGAUCUUCAGAUUCCCACUCUGGGUCAGCAGAUUCACCAGUUUCAACACGCCAACAGCCGUGUCAAAGAAGAGCAAGGAAAGAUGAAAAGAGAGCAUGAUGGGCUCAAGAAAUCCAUCGAAGCAAACAAAAGGAAACUGCAGACGAUGGAGAGCAGUCGCUCUAAUCGACUUCGGCGUUUUGGAGAACAAAUGCCUGCAUUGCUCAAUGCCAUUGAAGAAGCAUACAGAAAAGGCUACUUCAAGCACAAACCUCGAGGACCUCUGGGUUACCUUAUUGGUCUGAAGGACCCAGAGCUGGCCCUGGCUGUAGAAGUAUGUCUUAAAUACCUAGUUGUGGCCUUCACAUGUGACAACUAUGAGGAUGAAAAGGUGCUAAAGAGCCUCAUGGCCAAAAUGUACCCAGCUGGUAAAAGGCCAACCAUCAUUACCAGCCAAUUCCUCCAACAUGUCCAUGAUACAAGAAAAAGGGGUGUGAAUCAUCCCCAGUACCCCUCUGUACUUCAAUCUCUGGAAAUUGAAGACCCUGUUGUUGCCAACUGCCUUAUUGAUCAAAGAAACAUUGAGAGCAUUCUGCUUAUUAAGAAUCGCGCAGAGGCUCGAAGAGUAAUGCAGGGCAAAAAUCCUCCAGCUAACUGCAUCCAGGCCUUCUCUGUGGAUGGUGAUCAGAUCUACACUAACCGUAAUUACUCCUCUGAUCAAACCAGACCAAACUACCUUUCAGGGGAUGUUGAAGAAGAAAUCAGGCAUUUACAGAGAGAACUGGAAAACCAGCAAGGUCAGGAAGCUCGUUUUCAGCAACAAAUGAGAAAGUUGGAUGAAGACAUCAGGCAGAACGAGGGACUUCUAAGAAGAGUGCUCAUGGAGCAAAAGACCACUAAAGAUAAGGCCACAAAGCUGCAGCUUGAGCUGACAGACCUAAAGAACGUGGAAGAGCCUCAGUCAGAGGACCUCAAGCCGCUGGAAGAAGAUCUUCAGGAGAUUGUUGCAAAGAUCUCAUCUAAGCGUGCAGAGUACGAGGAAGCUAAAACCAAAAUGGCCAACCUGAAGGCAGAUUAUGAAAAGGCAGAUCAGGAAUACAAGCAGCACAAAGAGAGCAUAAGCACCAUCACUGAGGAGGCUGAUUCAGUCAAGGACGAGCUCAGUAAAACUGACCAGGAGGUGAUGAAGUGCAAGCAUCACAAGAAACACUAUGACAACAAACGCAGUGCCCAUCUCCAAAACAUCCAGAACCUUGAAGCUCAACUUAAAAGCAAGGAGAUGAACCUUGCGGCAUCUGUUGCUAAGGCCUCUGAGAUUUGUCCAGAACGCCUCGAAGUCCGUCGAACUGCCAAAAGCAUUGACAGUGAAAUUAACCGGCUCAAAGUCAAGAUCUCAACUCAGCAGGAACAACAAGGGGACCGCGAGGAGAUUGUGAGGCAAUACCAUGAGGCUUUAGAGAACUACAGGAACAUGUCUCAGCAAAUGAGGAGCCUGAACAACUUCAUCAGAAGCCUGGAUAAUGUCAUGACCUACAGACUCCAGGUUUAUGCUGAUCUCAGAAAGUUCCUCUCAGCCCGUUGUAAAUACUACUUUAAUAGUAUGCUUGCUCAGAGAGGCUAUAGUGGAAGUAUGACGUUUGACCACAAAAAUGAGACCCUGACCAUCUCGGUGCAGCCAGGCCAAGGAAACAAAGCUGAUUUGAGUGACAUGCGUUCUCUGUCUGGAGGCGAGCGCUCCUUCUCCACUGUUUGUUUUGUUCUCUCUCUCUGGGCCAUCACAGAGUCGCCUUUUCGCUGCCUUGAUGAGUUUGAUGUUUACAUGGACAUGGUGAACAGGAGGAUAUCGAUGGACAUGAUGCUGAAGGUAGCUGCCAGUCAGCGCUACAGACAGUUCAUUUUCCUCACCCCUCAGAACAUGAGUUCUCUUCCGAUAAGCAAAACCAUCCGGAUCCUUCGUCUCAAAGAUCCUGACCGGGGGCAAAACAACUCGCAAAGAAGUCAUGACAAAGACUAAUAGUGCACUCAGAGUACUCAGAAAGUGGACCUCAGGUCUUAUGGUUUAAUUUAGGUUAUCAGUCAUUGUUUUUCAGUUUAAAGAAAGUGUGUUCAAUUUGUAAAAUAUAAAAAGCUACAUUGAACUGUAAAUAAAAUGCAGGCACUAAAGAAUUAAAUUUUUCCUAAGUAUGGCUUAUCAAGCAGAAUCCCAAUGACUUGAAAAUGUUUAUGCAUCUGGUAGCAAUAUUCCUAUUCAAUGUUAGGGUAGUGUUCAAUGCAACGCCUUGAACCAGAACAAGUUACAGGUCCAGUUUCUGCGACAUAGCGGCAUCUAGGGGUACAAUUUAUACCUGAGUACCACAUCCCUGGAUUUAUUGUCGAACCAAAAUGUUAAUUGCUUGUUCUAAAGUAAAGUUUUUUUAUUGUUUUUAUAUAAAAAUGUUCUUACAGUUCUACUCUAUCCUUCCUGUGCAAAGUCUGCAGUUUGGGGUUUAUAUUAGACUCAUGGAGGUUUGUUUUUUUCCAACUUUACACACAGACCUAAAAUGUUUUGUGUAAAAACUAUUUUGUAAAGGAUUGUUUGAUAUAAACUUUGUUAAAUUAGUUUAAAAUGUAUACAAUGUUUGCACCAUCUUUUUUACUUUAAUUGUUAAACAAUUUAGUUUGGAAUGAAAAUUAUUUGAAAGGUUAAAUCUGCUAAUAUUGGUAUUACAUUUGUCAUUAUUGAAAGACAUUUUUGGUGAAUUUUGAAUCUGGCAAAGUGACUCAAAUGUCUCCAGGUUUAGAAUAGGUCUGAAAUUGUUUUUGACCUUAACAAUUUUCUAGAUUUUGCUACAAAGAAAAGUAACUACAAUUUUUAGAUUUCUGUACUUAACAAUUUUGAUUUAGUUUUUUUUUUUCUUAUUUUACUGUGAACUACACUCUGCUCAAGUACCGUUCUCUUACAGCUGCCGUUAAAAGCUACUUUUCAACUGAGUGUUUCACAAUAAUAAGCUUUUAUAUAUUAUAGCAUGUAGCAGAAAUGUAAACUGCUAGCUUCGAAACAGUUUGCCAUUAAUUGUUAAAAAAUGUUGGUAACAUUUCAGAUUUCUUUAAACUGUAAACAAUCUCACAUAUUCCUAAUAUUUUCUUCAGAAUCUCAUUUCUUUUCAGUGAAUGUAUAAUUUAUCAAGUUAAUUAUUAUUGAAGUUACAAAACAAAGUUUGAAAACCAUU